CCUUGUGCAAAGUAUGCCCUAGUCUGUUCAGGGCACGUUCAGGCUGUCAGUACUGCGAUGUGACGGGUGCUGAGAGAGGGACAGGGCGUGCCUCGGCGGGAGCCUCUGGGUGGGGGGAACGGGCCAUGCCCGGGCUCAGUGCGAACAGCCCUGGGACUGGUGUGGAGAGACGAACUGGGAGGAGCUGGGGUGAGGGAAGUGGUUACCUAUGGGGACCGCUGAGGUUUGAGAUCUCGAGAGGGUUCUGUACGACAAGCGCUGUGAAUCUCCGCCUGCUUGUCCUGCUCAUGGCCACACUGAUCCUUUGCAGGGUCGGUGCCCAGCCCCCAACAGGGGCAGAGGAGGGAACGUGUCUGGUGGAUCUGAUCACAUCAAGCCCCCAGUGCCUGCACGGCUUGGUGGGUUGGGUGCACGGACAUGCGGCCAGCUGCAGGGUCCUGCCCCACCUUCAGAGGACACUGUCCUCCGAGUACUGCGGCGUCAUCCAAGUCGUGUGGGGUUGCGACCAGGGCCACGACUACACCAUGGACACCAGCUCCAGCUGCAAGGCCUUCUUGCUGGACAGUGCGCUGGCAGUCAAGUGGCCAUGGGACAAAGAGACGGCGCCACGGCUGCCCCAGCACCGAGGGUGGAACCCUGGGGACGCGCCUCAGACCUCCCAGGGUAGAGGGACAGGUACCCCAGUUGGGGCUGAGACCAAGACCCUGCCCAGCACGGAUGUGGCCCAGCCUCCUUCGGACAGCGAUGUGGUGGGGCCCAGGUCGGGCUUCCCACCUCAGCCAAGCCUGCCCCUCUGCGGGGCCCCAGGGCAGUUGGGUGAGAAGCAGGUUCCAUCAUCAACCUCGGAUGAUCGGGUAAAAGACGAGUUCAGUGACCUUUCUGAGGGAGACGUCUUGAGUGAAGACGAAAAUGACAAGAAGCAAAAUGCGCAGUCUUCAGACGAGUCCUUUGAGCCUUACCCAGAAAGGAAGGUCUCUGGUAAGAAGUGUGAAAGCAAAGAAGCCAAGAAGUCUGAAGAACCAAGAGUUCGGAAGAAGCCGGGACCCAAGCCCGGGUGGAAGCAGCAGCUUCGUUGUGAGAGGGAGGAGCUUCCCACCAUCUACAAGUGUCCUUACCAGGGCUGUACGGCCGUGUACCGAGGCGCUGACGGCAUGAAGAAGCACAUCAAGGAGCACCACGAGGAGGUCCGGGAGCGGCCUUGCCCCCAUCCUGGCUGCAACAAGGUUUUCAUGAUCGAUCGCUACCUGCAGCGCCAUGUGAAGCUUAUCCACACAGAGGUGCGGAACUACAUCUGUGACGAGUGUGGACAAACCUUCAAGCAGCGGAAGCACCUUCUCGUCCACCAAAUGCGACAUUCAGGAGCCAAGCCUUUGCAGUGUGAGGUCUGUGGGUUCCAGUGCAGGCAGCGGGCGUCCCUCAAGUACCACAUGACCAAACACAAGGCUGAGACUGAGCUGGACUUUGCCUGUGACCAGUGUGGCCGGCGGUUUGAGAAGGCCCACAACCUCAACGUACACAUGUCCAUGGUGCACCCGUUGACACAGACCCAGGACAAGUCCCUGCCUCUGGAGGCGGAACCACCACCUGGGCCACCGAGCCCCUCUGUGACCACAGAGGACCAGGCGGUGAAGCCUGAACCCACCUGAGGACGGCAGGGAGGAUGAGCACCUCUAGCAGCCUGGACUUCACAGUGGCUGUGUCAGCCUCACCCUUCGUGUGCACCCGCAUGGGAGGGUCGGAGGGUGCUGCCCGCCCUCGGUGCUGGAGGCGGGCUUGGUGUACGGCUUGAGUAGCCUUCCUCUGCUCUGGGACCAGUGGUUUAUUUUCCUGCAAACACUGAGUGACUUGGGGCCAGACAGUUUAUAAAUAACUGAUUCCUUUUCCCAACUAAAGCAAUCGAGGAGAUUUGUAAUCCACUUUUUAGUGCAACAGGAGCUCCAUGUUAUGCUUGUAAUAAAUUAUUUACAAAGGA